GAGAGUAGGGCGCUGUUUCAACUCGCUUCCCAAUGACCAGGCGCUUCGGGCUGGGAGCAGGGCGCUCUUCGGCUGGGCUCGGCACAGCGAUGCCUGCCUAGGACUUUCCUGAGACAACCACCAACCACCACCACCAGCAGCACUUCUGGCCGAGAAAAACAAAACAAACCCCCCCAAACAAAAGCAGGAUUUGGACAAGGACCCUCCCCUCUCCCCUCGUCCCCGCCUCCCGCCUUGAAAUGACUUGUUCUCGUUGGAGCUCCGACUGAAGGGGACUUACCUGCGUGGAGCUGAAGUGAAAUUCGGAUUGGGAGAAGUGUUUUCUGAACGCUUUUUCCUUUUGGGUUUGGCUUCUUUUUUUUUUUGGCUUCCUGCCCUUCCAGCCUCCCUCCCCCUCUCUCCCAUCAUCGGAAAUGAACGGCAAAUUCUCUCUGAUUCCCAGAAACUAGGACCCUUUUCCACAGCGCCCACCUACGCUCCCCUCCACGUAAUAAGAAGCCCCAUGUAGGAAUGACAAAGAAUUGCGAAGGAGGAGAGUGCGGAGUCCGGCGCCCAGAGAGCCCCCCAAUCAUGGAUUACUAAAUGGGACCCUGUCCUGCACCAGCUAGUCCAGUGGUCCAGCUGCUGCCUCUGCGUGCCCCGAGAAGGGUGAAGUGAAGAAAUAAAGUCUUCCCCGCUGAACUACUAUGAGGUCAGAAGCCUUGCUGCUAUAUUUCACACUGCUACACUUUGCUGGGGCCGGUUUCCCAGAAGAUUCUGAGCCAAUCAGUAUUUCGCAUGGCAACUAUACAAAACAGUAUCCGGUGUUUGUGGGUCACAAGCCAGGACGGAACACCACACAAAGGCACAGACUGGACAUCCAGAUGAUCAUGAUCAUGAACAGAACCCUCUAUGUUGCUGCUAGGGACCAUAUUUAUACUGUUGAUAUGGACACAUCACACACAGAAGAAAUUUACUGUAGCAAAAAAUUGACGUGGAAAUCCAGACAGGCUGAUGUAGACACAUGCAGAAUGAAGGGAAAACAUAAGGAUGAGUGUCACAACUUCAUUAAAGUUCUUCUGAAGAGAAAUGAUGAGACGUUGUUUGUUUGUGGGACAAAUGCCUUCAACCCUUCCUGCAGAAAUUACAAGAUGGAUACCCUGGACCCUCUUGGAGAUGAGUUUAGUGGAAUGGCCAGAUGCCCCUAUGAUGCCAAGCAUGCCAAUGUUGCCCUGUUUGCAGAUGGAAAACUGUACUCAGCCACGGUGACCGACUUCCUUGCAAUAGAUGCAGUCAUUUACCGGAGCCUUGGAGACAGCCCAACAUUGCGGACGGUCAAACAUGACUCAAAAUGGUUGAAAGAGCCGUAUUUUGUCCAAGCAGUGGAUUAUGGGGACUACAUCUACUUCUUCUUUCGGGAAAUAGCAGUGGAGUACAACAGCAUGGGAAAGGUAGUUUUUCCAAGAGUUGCUCAGGUGUGCAAAGAUGACAUGGGAGGAUCACAAAGAGUGCUGGAAAAACAGUGGACUUCUUUUCUCAAAGCCCGCCUCAACUGUUCAGUUCCCGGCGAUUCCCAUUUUUAUUUCAACAUACUCCAGGCAGUUACAGGUGUUAUCCAUAUCAAUGGCCGGGAUGUUGUCCUAGCAACUUUUUCCACACCUUAUAACAGCAUUCCUGGCUCUGCAGUCUGUGCCUAUGACAUGCUCGACAUUGCCAAUGUUUUUACCGGGAGAUUCAAGGAGCAGAAGUCUCCAGAUUCCACGUGGACACCGGUUCCCGAUGAGCGCGUGCCCAAGCCCAGGCCAGGUUGCUGUGCUGGCUCUGCAGCUUUGGAAAAGUACACGACCUCCAAUGAGUUUCCUGAUGAUACUCUCAAUUUCAUCAAAACCCAUCCUCUCAUGGAUGAAGCGGUGCCUUCUCUCGUCAACAGACCGUGGUUCCUGAGGACGAUGGUCAGAUACCGCCUGACCAAAAUUGCAGUAGAUACUGCUGCUGGGCCAUAUCAGAAUCACACUGUGGUUUUCCUGGGAUCAGAGAAGGGAAUCAUCUUGAAGUUUUUGGCCAGGACAGGAAACAGUGGUUUCCUAAAUGACAGCCUUUUCCUGGAGGAGAUGAACGUUUACAAUCCUGAAAAGUGCAGCUAUGAUGGGGUGGAAGACAAGAGAAUUAUGGGCAUGCAGCUGGACAAAGUGAGCAGUUCUCUGUAUGUGGCAUUCUCUACCUGUGUGAUAAAGGUUCCAUUGGGCCGGUGUGAACGUCACGGAAAGUGCAAAAAGACCUGUAUAGCAUCCAGAGAUCCAUACUGUGGUUGGAUGAAGGAAGGAGGCUAUUGCUCCCAUCUGUCCCCCGGUACCAAACUAGCGUUCGAGCAGGACAUUGAACACGGCAAUACAGAUGGUCUGGGUGAUUGCCAGAGUGCCAUGGCUUGGACCACUAAGCCUGCAGCCCGAAAGUGCCUAUCAAGCGGAUCAAGGCUUUCCAAGGGACCAGACGGAGCGGUACAAACGCUGCAUGGAUCGCACCGCUCUGCUGGAGCCGGAUGCACCCCUGCCUCCCGUGGGAACCCCGGACGAGAUUCUUUUGUGGCACUAAAUGACAUUUCCACUACUCCACCAGAUCAUGAAAUGUAUUACAACUCAGUGUAUGGGCACUCCAGCUCCCUCUUUCCCAGCACCACCACUUCAGACUCGACAGGUCAAGAGGGCUAUCAGUCUAGGGGACGCAUGCUGGACUGGGAGGAUCCGGUUGGCUCAUCCGACGGCACCGAUCCAUUUCGGGCAGUCUCAUCCCAUAAUCACCAAGACAAGAAGGGAGUGAUUCGGGAAAGUUAUCUCAAAGGGCAUGACCAGCUUGUUCCUGUCACCCUGCUGGCCAUAGCGGUCAUUCUUGCUUUUGUCAUGGGGGCCGUCUUCUCGGGCAUCAUUGUGUACUGCAUCUGCGACCACCGGCGCCGGGACGGGGCUGUCGGGCAGAGGAAGGAGAAGGACCUGACCCACUCCCGCCGCGGAUCCAUGAGUAGCGUGACCAAGCUCAGCGGCCUCUUUGGGGACCCUCAGUCGAAGGAGCCUAAGCCCGAGGCCAUCCUCACCCCGCUCAUGCACAACGGCAAGCUGGCGACCCCGAGCAAUACAGCCAAGAUGCUCAUCAAAGCUGACCAGCACCACCUGGACCUGGCGGCCCUGCCCACCCCCGAGUCCACCCCGACGCUCCAGCAGAAGCGGAAACCCAACCGGGGCAGCCGGGAGUGGGAGAGGAACCAGAACCUCAUCAACGCCUGCACGAAGGACAUGCCCCCCAUGGCUUCCCCUGUGAUUCCCACCGACCUGCCCCUCCGGGCUUCACCCAGCCACAUCCCCAGCGUGGUGGUCCUGCCCAUCACCCAACAGGGCUACCAGCACGAGUACGUGGACCAGCCCAAGGUGAGCGACAUGGCCCAGAUGGCCUUGGAAGACCAAGCGGCCACCCUUGAGUACAAGACCAUCAAGGAGCACCUCGGCAGCGGCAAGAGCCCCAACCACGGGGUGAACCUGGUGGAGAACCUGGACGGUCUGCCCCCGAAGGUCCCCCAGAGGGAGGCUUCCCUGGGGCCCCCUGGAUCCUCCCUGUCUCAGAACGGCCUGGGCAAGCGACUGGAAAUGCACUCCUCCGCCUACAGCAUGGACUACAAGAGGAGCUACCCCACGAACUCUCUCACGCGAAGCCACCAGGGGGCUACUCUGAAAAGAAACAAUACUAAUUCCUCCAACUCUUCCCACCUCUCCAGAAACCAGAGCUUUGGCCGGGGAGACAACCCACCCCCGGCCCCACAGAGGGUGGACUCUAUACAGGUGCACGGCGCCCAGCCGGCAGCCCAGGCAGUGACUGUCUCAAGGCAGGCCAGCCUCACCGCGUACAACUCCCUGACACGGCCGGGGCUGAAGCGCACGCCCUCGCUAAAGCCCGACGUACCUCCCAAACCUACGUUUGCCCCCCUUUCCACAUCCCUGAAGCCCAAUGAUGCGUGCACAUAAUCCCCGUGGGAGGGGAAGGGACCCGCACGCUGGCCCCGCUCAGCCGCCGUUCUAAACCGCCUCCCGCGUUCCAACCAACCAAGAAGGCCAUUGGGGAGCUGAGGAUGCUUGGUCCUUCUCUCUGGGAGAAAGUGGAAUACUGUCGAAAUUGGGCCCCGUGGCUCGGGGAAGGUUUGCAAGCCACAGGACUCACCCCUCCACUACCACCACCACCACCACCACCCCUCUGCUCUUCGACCGCUCUGACUCCCAAAAGACUUCAGUUGACAUCACAGACAUGAGCCAAAAGCACACACGUUCACAUCAUCACGUGUCCCCACACAGAGCACCCCACACCCACAUGCACACACACACACACACACACACACACACACACACACACACACUUACACCCCCUACAUACAAAUACACAGGGGUGGACAGCGACCGCAACAUCUUGCCCAUGACUGCAUGGCGGCGGGGUGGGGGGGGGGAGGGGUUGCCAGACUUGGCGAGCCUUCCUACCUACGAAACACAAGCGAAUAAAAAAUGAAUCAUUUUUAAAAAAAGGACAAAAAAAAAGAAUUCAUUGAUAACUCUAACUCAGACUUUAACAAUGGCAGAAGUUUACUAUGUGCAGAUACUGUGAAAAGGCCAUCAGUGUUACUGCCUCUUGGUUUAGCAGAUACAUGCCACGUUGGGCAAAACCAUGUCAUAGAUUUCUGCUACUCUUCUCUUUUAAUGAAUAACGUGACCGUUAACGCAAGUAACUCUUUAUUAUUUAUUGUUCAUCUUUUUUUCCCCUAAGGAAAUGACUCCUGCAUAUCAUCCUAUGAACAGCUCUUCAGAAAAACCCAUUGACAGUUACAUUAUUUUACGGGAAGGCCAUUAACUGGAGUAAUUAAGUUCUCUCUUAUUUUUCCAAUAAAUUCACUGAGUUAAAUAAGUUGGAGCUGGAAUUCUGAAACUUUAUGUUAAGACUGUCUAAUCUUGCUUAAAAAAACAAAUUCAAAGAGGGGAAUAUUUAUUUAAAUCCAUCAGUUAAUUUGCUGGCUGGGUCUCUGACCUCUGACAGGUGACAAAACAAACCAAAUCCCCCACCCCCCCCAGAUUCUAACUUCUUAAGUAAAUGCAACAGAAACUUUUAAAGCUGCACAUCCGUGCCCCAUUGCUGUCAACAUGGCUUUGUCAGUAGUUAAUACUUUCUGUGAAGGCACCAGCUUGUGAUGUGCCAUCUCAUUUCACCUUGCAUGUGAGACGGCAAACAAAAUCCACAAACGGUGUGAACUAAUUAAUAUGCUGGCUGUUACCAUGCAUAAAUUAAUGGUCUUAUCACACGGGUUUUUCGUGGGAAUACAUCUGUGAAUAGCCUGUUUUCUUCCACGUGUAAAUUUGUGCCUUACACCCUCAGUUGUGUGUACUUGUGAGCUGUAGUAUGUAAAAUCUUUUUCCCCUUUUGGAAUAAAUGCAAAUAUUUAUUUACCUUCCCUCCCCCGAACUCUCUGGCAAAUGGGAGUGGAGCAGUUCCAGGAGGAAUGUAGUGGUUAUCCUAAUAGUGGUUAUCCUAACCAGUCCCAAGGUAGCAGGGCAGUACCACCCCCUUCAACUCAAGUGAUCUUUCUAGUUGUGCCAACUCAGCUCUCGGCCCUCUUCCCCUGGCAGGAGACUCUGGCCUCACGGGGACCCAGGGUCAUGGGGCUUCAACAUACCUCUCCUCUCUGGGUUUCGGGAUUGUUUUAAGACAGCGAUAACUCUCGUUAGCUCCGGAGAAGAGACCGACGUGUCCGAGGACGCCCCGGAUAAAACGCAGGGUGUGCAUCUGGCAGGUUCUGAAAGGAACCCCCUGCCAUGAACCCCAGUGUACACAUGUAAGUGGACACCCUGGAAGGACAUGGAAAUGGAUUCGGGCAGGCUGGUCCCUGCUGUGAUUGGACAACUACGAGUCCACCGCCAAUCACGAUUCUGUAUCAACGAGGGGCAAUGAAUUUUGAUUUUGUUUUUCCUCUCUCCUUUUUUUUUUGUUUUCUUUUUUUUCUUUUUUUUUGGGGGGGAGGGGGUGUGUGAGUGUUCUUUUAUCAGUUUUCAUUUGUUCAUGCACACAUGAUAAUCUAUUAUAAAGCUGUGUCAACAUACUGUAGAAAGUGAGGAUUAUUGUUGGGGGUUGUUUUGUUUUGAAUCUGCUGAACAGUACAUUUUGGGGGGGGGGGGUCUUUGUCGGGUUUUUUAUACCUAGUUUGUUCUGCAGAGUUUUUGUUUUGUUUUGGGAAAGGCUGACCAGAGUGAAGUUGAGUGGUGGCAGGCAUAGGUGGAAAUUAGAAAAUCUGAAUGGUUUAAACUGAUGUGUGUAACAAGGGUGCGUGCAUGGACCUCCAUUCCAGCUCCACUUUUUUUCCACUUCCUUUUUCUUUCGUUGUUUUUUUCGUUUUGUUUUCUUUUUUUAACGAACGGAUGAUUCACACCCCGUGAAUCCAAAGCUCUUCCCGAGGCAAGCGACGUGUUGUUUCCCCCCCCCCCCCCCCCCGCUUUUCAAAUGAUAGGUGUUAGGGAAGUCAUGAGAAAAUCUCCAUCUCACCCAGCAACCUUCUCCCAGAGCUUGGCUCCUGAGAGUUCUAAAUGGGCAGUACCCGUUUGCUGCUCUUUAGCCACUAUUCUGUCCCGUCCUUGGCGCUAUUGAUUACUGCAACUGCUGUCGAAAGAGGCUCCACCUUGUAUGGUCUGUCACGUCAGCUACUGGGUCAAUAGCAAAAUGCCCGUUUGGUGCCCAGUGGGUCCUCUGUGCUGUUUUUUCUUGUGCUUUUUUUCCCACUGGGUGUGGGGGGAGGGUCCAUAAACCUAAGUGUGCCUUCGCUUUUCACCCUUGCUAUACACUGGUAGAUGCAACAAACUCAGACUCAUCUUUGUUGUAAAGUUGUAAAAUAUUGUGAUGUCACCAACUUUCCUUCAUCUCCACGUACCCUAACAUCUGAUUCACAACUUAAUGUAUGUU